AUGACGGUCGGAAACAGGUUCGGUUGUUCCGCGACGAAGCACCGCUCGGCGCGAAGCUUGCCCUUGGCAUCAUCUCCUGGUCUGCCCUGGGCGGAGACGGUCACGGAGUCACACAGGAACACCAACACCCGGGCUUCAGCAACCUCGGUGGCCGCCACGGCAAGGGCAGGGGCGGCGCAGGCCGAUGGGAGCGCGAGCAACGGCACCCUCGGCAGCGGCGGUGGCGGCGGCGACGACAAGGGAUUGCGGCGGGAUAGCAACACCAGCAACGGUGGCUCGGCGAAGGAGGCGGCCUGCGACACGUCGGUGCUGCAGACCCUGCUGAAGCGGUACCGCCCGCACGCGAUCUGGUUCUUCGCUCCCUCCACCCCAUCGAAGGAGGCGUACACCGUGUGCCAGGAGAUGGGGGUGGAAGUUAUCGCGCAGGUGGGGACGGUGGGUCAGGCCCGAACGGCGGUGGAAAUGGGCGCGUCCGUGGUGGUGGCCCAAGGUCGGGAAGCCGGAGGCCAUGGCCUCAGACCCGAGGUGGCACGAGGCGUCCUUCCCUUGGCAGCGGCAGUGUCGGUGGAGCUGGCGGAGACCGGGAAGCCGGUGCUCGCCGCUGGGGGCAUCGUGAGCGGGAGGGGCCUUCUCGCCUCCCUGGCGUUGGGCUGCGAUGGUGUCGUCAUGGGCACCAGGUACUGUGCGACGUACGAGGCUCUGGGAACCGACGACCACAAGGCCAAGAUUGUCAGCACCAGCGGAGACGAGACUGUGAGGACACGAGUGUUCGACAUGGCUGCAGCGGUCCGACCACACAACCCCGUCUUGUGGCCCGAGCCCUACGACUCCAGCGGGGUGGCUUGGAACGACUUCACGGCGAAGUGGCACACCCGGGAGGCCCGGCUCGAAGAGGACCUGUCUGACAGGGACGGCGUGACCGGCCACUCGAGGCCGACGGCGCAGCUUGAAGACGCGGAAAGGACGAGGGACUUGUCGAUCGCGAAGGUGUACAUGGGGGAGGGUGCGGGUCUGAUCUACUCCGUCGACGCGGCUGAAAAAAUCACGAGGGACGUCGCCAGGGAGGCCGAGGAGCAGCUGGACAUCGUCAACCGACUCAGAACCGACAUGGAAUUUGACCCCCCUCCGAGACCACGCGUAUCGGGAGGAGGCGGCAAGCCCAUGUCUCUCUCCGCGAACAACAUCGACGACAUGGAUCGUUGGGGACUGGACUCGCAGGCUACCGUGAGGGUCAAGCGCGCGAACACGGUGUCGGACCUGUCAAAUCCCGUUCGGGCGCCGGGAACCCGCCAGGUGAUAUCUUCCGGAUCUUCGUACGAAAAGAUGGCGGGCUACAGCCGGGCGGUACGCGUCGGCAAGCACGUGCAGGUGGCAGGCACUACCGCUACCGAUCCGGAUGGGUCGGGUGUUCUGUGCAUUGGAGACGUUGGUGGCCAGACGCAGUACAUCUUCCACAUCAUCGCCCUCGCUCUCAGAGAGGCCGGGUGCUCCUUGGAGAACGUGGUGAGGACUCGCAUGUACGUGACGGACAUCAAGAACGCGGAGAAGGUGAUGGCGGAACACUGCAAGGUCUUCAGCAGCAUCCGCCCUGCUGCGACCCUCGUCAGCGUGAGCUCUCUCGUCCACCCGGACCUGCUCGUGGAGAUCGAGGCGGAUGCGCUCGAGCCCUAA